AUGCGCAAGCUAUUCCGACAUAUCCAGAACGUGCAUUUUUGUGGGAAUCCGUUUGGACGCUUUUGUAGCAGUAUUAGGGGUGCUUCUACUCCGAGACAAGAGAAAUGUCGUAACAGGAGGAUGGGAAUCCCAGUUGCAAAGGCCUUACUGGGACUAGCAACCCCGUACACGGCCUAUGCUCUAUACAUAUCGCUGCAAUCGAACAGGGAAAUUACUGCGAGGGAGAAUAAACUCCAAGAUAAGGAAUCGAUGGAUUUCGCAGACACACUAAUCAAAUAUUCUCAGCUAGAAAUUCUAGGCCGCUUCGAAAACCCGUUUACCGAGUACCGAAUUCAAACAGUAUAUGAGUUCUUUUUUAAUCGCUUGGUAGAGGUUUUUGAGCGCAACCGCGGAGGUAUUCCGGUGCAGCAGAGCGCGAUGGAUGAUCUGAUGCCGGUCCACAAGCCUAGCUGGACCAAUGGAGAGAAUAUGGAAUGCGAAGUCAAAUUCUCAUACGAAGUGCUGGGUCCCGACCAGGCCCCAGCACAGCGGCAAGCUCAACAACUUCCACCUUUGCACGUUACGUGGCUGGGGCAAUCCUGUAGCUACAUUGUAUAUCGCAGUGUUAAAAUACUCACUGACCCGCUGAUGUCUGAUUACUUGUUGCAUAACAAAUUAGGACCCAAACGUAUCACCAAAAUGCCUGCACAGCCAGAAGAGGUUCCUGUACCUGAUGUUAUUCUGGUAUCGCAUAACCAUCCCGAUCAUCUGGAUGAAGUGAGCAUGAAAAAGUGGGGAUCCGGGAGUUCAGCCGCCCUGUGGAUAGUACCGAAGGGUUUAGGCGAAUAUGUUGAAAGACAUGGUGUGGAACGAUAUGUUGAAUUGUCCUGGUGGGAGACUUGCCGUCUAAAAUUUCAGGGCACAGGGGAGCUUCCCUCGAGUUUGGAUGUUGUGUGCACCCCCGCAAUGCAUUGGUCUGGCCGUACCUUGUUUGAUGCAAAUAGAUCUCUCUGGGCCUCUUUUCUCAUACGUGACAAGGAUAUGCCUGUGCUUUUCCACGCAGGUGAUACAGGGUAUGUCGCUGAUCUUUUCUUGCGGAUCAAAGAGCGUUUUGGCGCCGGUGUGAAGUUAGCACUCUUGCCCUGUGGCCAGUAUUGUCCGGAAUGGCACCAAAAGCCACGCCACAUCAGCCCUAGCGAGGUUUUAAUGAUAAUGAAAGAUAUGGAAGCAAAAAGUGUCCUAGGUGUCCAUUGGGGAACAUUUGUACUCAGCGGGGAAUACUUUCGAGAACCGAAGGAGAAGUUGGAGAUAUUGGCAGAGUUUGAGGGUGUGAGAGACAAUUGUUACUGCCCGGAGCUAGGUAAAACAAUAACCAUAUACUGA